AUUCCUUUGUUUUGGUUGAGUUCGAUUAACCUCUUUCCCGCAUCUAUAUCGCAAUGAUGUCAUAAAGGAGGGUGGGGUGACAUGCUAGUUAUCUUCACCUAGGUGACAUGUUGGAUGCCCUCUAUGACAUCAUAGACCACUGUAUGGCACAACAUUCCUAUCAAACAUUCUUAACACCACAACUCACCUGUCUCUGUACAGAGUAGUUGCUUUUUGAAUUUUACUGAUUGAGAGAUGGCUUUGUACUCUUCCAGUAUUAAAUGGUUGGUUAUUGUAAUCUUGGUAUUACACCAUCUGGACGGCAAGGAUUUUCGGGAUAACCUGAUGCCCCCCAUGGGCAUUUGGCAGUGGGCCAGCAUGCCUCACAUUGAACUGAAGACCAACACCAUCAACUUCCAUCAACGACCCUGGACCACACAGAACACCAACGAGACAUUAUGGAGAUGGAUUGGGGGUAAGGCCCUGCGACAGACUUGUGUCCUAUCCAGGGGGUGUACAUCAAGCUGCCUCAUGCUACAAAAACAGGAGAUAGGCUCCUGCCCUAUGGGCCAUUGUGGCUUCGACAAGCCCACCACCACCCAGACCAGAAACAGUAUUGACCAGAAAUACAGAGAUGUUAGUGCUUUGCACCAGACAACCAGUGAUUCUACAGCCAGCCGCAGAACGCGUCGCCCCCGAGUAGCUGAGCUCAGGAGUAGGGAGAGAGCGGGAGCAAGUGAGCUUGUGUGGAAGAAGACCAACACCAUCAACUUCCAUCAACGACCCUGGACCACACAGAACACCAACGAGACCAUUGGACACAGUUUGCACAAGUGCACCGGAGAGGCUUGUGUUAUGGUCAGCUUGGAACCCACUGCUACCCGGGUAGCUACAAACAACACUAACCAACUCAGUGGCCUUGUCGUUAGCGUGUCCGCCCUGAGAUUGGAAGGUCGGGUGGUUUAUCCGCGGUCCAAUCAUACCAAAGACUCUAAAAACGGGACCUGGUGCCUCUCAGCUUGGCACACAUUAUGGAAAUGGAUUGGGGGUAAGGCCCUGCGACAGACUUGUGUCCUAUCCAGGGGGUGUACAUCAAGCUGCCUCAUGCUACAAAAACAGGAGAUAGGCUCCUGCCCUAUGGGCCAUUGUGGCUUCGACAAGCCCACCACCACCCAGACCAGAGACAGUAUUGACCAGAAAUACAGAGAUGUUAGUGCUUUGCACCAGACAACCAGUGAUUCUACGGCCAGCCGCAGAACGCGUCGCCCCCGAGUAGCUGAGCUCAGGAGUAGGGAGAGAGCGGGAGCAAGUGAGCUUGUGUGGAAGAAGACCAACACCAUCAACUUCCAUCAACGACCCUGGACCACACAGAACACCAACGAGACCACUGGACACAGUUUGCACAAGUGCACCGGAGAGGCUUGUGUUAUGGUCAGCUUGGAACCCACUGCUACCCGGGUAGCUACAAACAACACUAACCAACUCAGUGGCCUUGUCGUUAGCGUGUCCGCCCUGAGAUUGGAAGGUCGGGUGGUUUAUCCGCGGUCCAAUCAUACCAAAGACUCUGAAAACGGGACCUGCCGCAGAACGCGUCGCCCCGAGUAG